UGCAUUGUACCAGAGGCGGAGGGAUGGGUCUAUGAAGGGUCUUGUUUCCAAUUCUGUGCUGAGACGCGGGCGGAGUAACAGCAACCACCGAGAAGGAGGAUCAGUGGAAAAUGUAUAGAUAGGCUAACCGUAAAGAAAUAUUAAACCAUACUUGGCCGGUCCGUGUUUAGUGGGGAAUGGUUAUGAGACUGGAAGCGAUGCAACGUUCUAAUGUGCAGGAGUAGCGUUCAAAGUUUAGAGCCCAAGUUUACAGAACAGAAGCUUGGACAUUGUAAGCGCUGGACGGUCAUGACGAAUGAGAAUCUGUGGCGAUAACAAGGUUUCAUCUGUUUCCACUCUGCAUCCUUGGAUCAAUUACGCGCGUGUGUAUUCGUUUAAUUUCAAGAAUGUGUGCGAUACAGAGCGCGAGGAGUACUAUAGUGCGAGGACCGUAACGACUCUAAUGUCCAAUUACAAUCUAAAGUGGUAAAAAUGCACGCAGCUACCAGCCUCUCAAUGGUCAGUUUUCUAAGUUUUGGCUACCUAUCCAUGGAAUGGACCAAGCCGAAUAAAUUGGAGGAGCACACUCAAAAUGAUUCCUCUAUUACGUUUGAGCCCAAACAACCACCACACAUCAUAUUCAUACUGACGGAUGACCAAGGCUUCAAUGACAUAGGUUAUCACAACCCGGACAUUCGUACUCCAACUCUAGACAAACUUGCCUCCGAAGGGGUAAAGCUGGAGAAUUACUACGUUCAACCUAUCUGCACUCCGUCACGCAGUCAGCUGAUCACGGGCAGAUACCAGAUCCACACAGGCCUACAGCAUUCCAUCAUCCGGCCUCGACAGCCCAACUGCCUCCCCCUGGACAUGACCACGCUCCCACAGCGACUGCAGGAAGCAGGGUACGCUACUCACAUGGUGGGCAAAUGGCACCUUGGCUUCUACAGGAAGGAGUGUCUGCCCACGCGCCGAGGCUUCCACAGCUACUUUGGCUCUCUAACGGGCAGUGUGGACUACUACACGUAUGGUUCCUGUGACGGACCAGGCCUGUGUGGCUACGACCUCCACGAGGGGGAGACCGUGGCCUGGGGCCGUGGAGGCAAGUUCUCCACCCACCUCUACACACAGAGGGUACGCAAGAUCCUGUCCACUCAUGACCCGUCCCGCCAGCCCCUCUUCAUGUUCCUCUCUCUCCAGGCAGUCCACACGCCCCUUCAGUCACCCAAGGCCUACAUCUACCCCUACCGCGGGAUGGGGAACGUAGCCAGAAGGAAGUACGCAGCCUUGGUGUCCAUCGUAGACGAGGCUGUACGCAAUGUUACCUAUGCUCUGCGUAAGUACGACUACUAUCGCAACAGUGUGCUCAUCUUCUCCACUGACAACGGUGCCCAGCCGUUCACUGGGGGGAGUAACUGGCCGCUACGGGGGCGUAAGGGGACCUACUGGGAGGGAGGGGUCCGUGGGGUGGGCUUCGUACACAGCCCACUGCUGCGUAACAAGCGGAGGGUCUCCAAGGCCCUCAUGCACAUCACUGACUGGUAUCCAACCCUGGUGGGUCUGGCUGGGGGUAACGUGUCACUGACUGAGGGUCUGGAUGGCUACAAUAUGUGGCCAACCAUCAGUGAAGGCAAAGAGUCUCCACGCCUGGAGAUACUCCAUAACAUUGAUCCGCUCCAUCGGCGCACUGGCCUGCCCCCAUCUGGUUCUGGGCAGGAGGCCCAGCAUUUGUGGGACACCGCGGUCCAGGCUGCCAUCCGGGUGGGGGACUGGAAGCUGCUAACAGGGGACCCGGGCCAUGGAGACUGGGUCCCACCACAGGUACUGGCCAACUUCCCCGGCAGCUGGUGGACCCUGGAGCGGACCACUGGAGGAACAGGGAAGUCUGUGUGGCUCUUUAACAUCACAGUAGACCCCUAUGAACGCAGUGACCUGGCGCUGCAGAGGCCUGAUGUGGUCAAACAGCUGUUAGCACGUCUGGCCUACUACAACCGCACUGCCGUCCCGGUCCGGUUCCCAACUGACGACCCCCGGGCCAACCCAGACCGCAACGGGGGGGCCUGGGUACCUUGGGUCGGGGGGGACGAAGACGAGCAGAAAUGGAACGGCGUCUACAAAAAGGGGAGGAAUAAAAGGAAAAAGAAAUGCAAGCUGGGUAAACUGAGAUCCUUUUUCAAGAAACUGAAUACAAGGAUAAUGUCCAAUAGAAUAUGAGCUGGGAAAGUGAAUUACACUCAGUCACAUGUAGCCUUUAACAGGGUUGGGUAGGUUACUUUCUAAAUGUAAUCCGUUACUCCCCAAUCCUGCCUAUACAUUUAACACUGUAACAAUAUUCUGAGCCAGCAAUAUCCAUUGUCAUACCUGUGUGUGCGUGUGAUAAGGGGAAAUGAUAUUUACUAUUGUGCAUCUCUUUGUCUGUGCCUUUAGAUGUUUUGGAUGUAAGACUAUUGGGUCCUAUGGUAUUUGUUAAAUGUUCCAUUACAUCUAUAUGUAGUGUGUAGAUAAGUGAUUGAACAUGCUGCAUAUAUACUUUGACCUAAUCAAUUGUGGGUUAAUGGACUACUAAUUAACUGACCUGUUUUGGGAAUGUUUUUCAGAAUGUCUAAGAAAUGAAACAACUUCUUAUUUUUUUGUGGUAACCACAGAAAAUAACAUCAGAUUCUUCUUUACUUCUUUGUGGUAACCACAGAAAAUAACAUCAGACUCUUCUUUACUUCUUUGUGAUAACCACAGAAAGUAACAUCAGACUCUUCUUUACUUCUUUGUGAUAACCACAGAAAGUAACAUCAGACUCUUCUUUACUUCUUUGUGGUAACCACAGAAAGUAACAUCAGACUCUUCUUUACUUCUUUGUGAUAACCACAGAAAGUAACAUCAGACUCUUCUUUACUUCUUUGUGAUAACCACAGAAAAUAACAUCAGAUUCUUCUUUACUUCUUUGUGGUAACCACAGAAAAUAACAUCAGACUCUUCUUUACUUCUUUGUGAUAACCACAGAAAGUAACAUCAGAUUCUUCUUUACUUCUUUGUGAUAACCACAGAAAGUAACAUCAGAUUCUUCUUUACUUCUUUGUGGUAACCACAGAAAGUAACAUCAGAUUCUUCUUUACUUCUUUGUGAUAACCACAGAAAGUAACAUCAGACUCUUCUUUACUUCUUUGUGAUAACCACAGAAACGACCCACUGGGCAAAAACUGGUUGAGUCAAUGUUGUUUCCACGUCAUUUCAACCCCCCAAAAAUUGAUGUGAUGAUGUUGAUUCAACGUAGAAAACUCAUUGGAUUCACAAUAAGUCAUCAACGUAAGGGCAUUUAGUCUUUUUUACACCCAACCUUUAACCUAAAUCCAAUGACAUGGUGACAUUUUUUGUUGAAUUCACAUUUAUUGACAACUCAAUCCUGAUAACCACAGGAUCUAACAUCAUAUUCCUCUAUAUUUCUUUGUGAUAACCACAGAUCUAACAUCAUAUUCCUCUAUAUUUCUUUGUGAUGAUCUAGCAUCAUAUUCCUCUAUAUUUCUUUGUGAUAACCACAUGAUCUAACAUCAUAUUCCUCUAUAUUUCUUUGUGAUAACCACAGACCGAACAUCAUAUUCCUCUAUAUUUCUUUGUGAUAACCACAGAUCUAACAUCAUAUUCCUCUAUAUUUCUUUAUGAUAACCACAGAUCUAACAUCAUAUUCCUCUAUAUUUCUUUGUGAUAACCACAGAUCUAACAUCAUAUUCCUCUAUAUUUCUUUGUGAUAACCACAGAAACGAAUAUCACAUUUCUCUAUAUUUCUUUGUGAUAACCACAGAAACUAACAUCAUAUUCCUGUCAUGACAUUGGCCUGAUGGGGGAGGUUUAUGACCCGCAUAAAUACCUUUCCCCUUUUUCCUCUCUGUACUCUACUGAGUUGACUCUAGUAAAGCCUUUGUUAACAUUGAGAGAGAGUCUGGUGACAUCAAAAGAUGGGAAACGGAACCAUAUUUCGGUAAUCCAACCAGUUGAAAAUAUGCGUUGGGACUUAAUGAAUAUGAUGUCAGUUCAGUUGGCGUCUGAGACAUGAUUACUGAUGAUAGGACGACAUAAACUGUAUCUUGGAAAAUCUACACAUUCGGGUUAUCAGAUUCACAUGGAAUUGUUGUGCAAUUUAAAUUUUUAAAUAUGAAACUCUUUGUGAAAAGAUGAAAUGUCAUUUUUAGCUUCUUAAUGAGAGAACGGUCAGAAGAACACCACUCUGCUCACUCAGAGGCCCAAGUGAACAGACAUGAGUUGUAAACUAUGAAACACGCCCUUCUUUCACCACUAUAUCAACCCGUUGACGAAAAUGUAACUUCUUGUUCCAAGGAUGCGCGGACUUGAGGUCCCCACGUUGAAAGGACAAAGACCACCUACAGACAUAAGCCAACCUCAGCAAGAACCUAAUGAAAUUAGCAUCGAAUUUCAAUGUGAAGGUGACGACCUACACGCCCAAAGGAUGAAUUUCGAUUAUACCAGCCAGAACAUAGCAUGAGCUUAAAAGUAUGGCAACUUGGUAUGAACUUUUAACUCUUAUUCACUGAAGAAGUGAUACCUCCUAGCCGUUGCGUUAGCACAGCAACUGUAGACGUGGGCUAGGAGAGGACGGACAGAGUAUCCAUUCUACCACGCUCCAGUUCACCACUAGACAUUUUUCAGAGGAGCAGAGAUCCAUGCUGGACCAACCCGGCCGUCUAUCUGCGACCAAUCUACCGAAGCGCAGCUCAGAGUAAAUAUUUAUUGCAUUUUCUUUUUUCAAAUGGGCGGUUAUUUAGAAUGCAUAAGAUUCUGUAUUUACGAUAGAGUAGCUGCCUAUGGCCCGUUAGAGACAUAACUUCUCCCUUUGUUCCUCAGUCUUCCCGCUCUUUCAUUCAAAACCCAACCCCCUUUCUUUGUGUAACCAGCUGUCAUAUCUGUUCCGUCCGCUAGGGACGUUUUCCUUUAUGACAUCAUUUGUAAUCAAUGUAUGAUACAUUCUGUGUAUAUGUAAUUCUGUGUGAUUAUUUAGGUAUUUAGUCAAUAAAUAAUUAAACCAAA